AUUAAAAGCAGUUCAAUAUUUGGUUAUAAAAUAGGCUAUUUCUGAUAAAACACAGAUAAAUAUUUUAGUUACAACAAAUUCUUGAACUUUAGUUUGGAUUUCUUCAACUUAAAUCCUUGAACAUCAGGACACUCUCUUAAUACGAGAAGGAACAGGAAACGGCUGUUUUGGACAUAUGAGAAAAAUAUUUUUUGAGACUGCACAACAAAAAUAUGCAGCUUCUUAAUAACUCAAUGAGACCGAUGACUCCCUGGCUUAUCAGUUCUACCUGAGUGAUGACUCUUUUCAUCACCUGAUAUGUGGAUUCAUGGCAAACCUGUUCAUCCAUUAUCAACCCUGCCUCUCCUCGUCAUGGACAUUGUGUUCUGUAUGGCUGUUUGUAACAAUGCAGAGUAUGAUAUUAAUGGACAAUGUUGUCCAAUGUGUGAUUCAGGAAAUCGAGUUUAUAAGCACUGUGAUGACAGCACAAGCACAACAUGUGUGUCAUGCACUGAGAUGAGGUACACAGAUGUUCCCAAUGGAUUAACAGAGUGUCUUCCCUGUUUUGUGUGUGAUGCAAGUAAUGGGCUGAGAGUAAAGCAGGUAUGUAAUUGGACAUCAGAUGCAGUAUGUGAGCCUCUGCCUGGUUAUUACUGUUUAGACUCACAUGGGCUGCACUGUUCAAAGGCCAGAAAAUUUUCAAAUUGCUUACCUGCACAAUACAUCAACCAAACCGGAACAGAAUUUAGAGAUACAGUGUGUGGGGACUGUCCUGCUGGUUCAUAUUCAGAUGGUACUCUCUGCAAAUUAUAUACAAAGUGUGAGUCUCUUGGGAAAAUAACUGUCAAGUCAGGAACAGACACAGCUGAUGCUGUGUGCAGAGAUGGGAAACAUUGGUACAUACUGCCUCUUAUCUUCAGUGUGUGUGGAGUCUUUGUGGCGGUGGUGUCUGUCACAGUUGUGAUUAUUGUAAAGAAAAAAAGGGUGUAUCAUCAAACAAACCAAGUUACUCAUCCCCACAAUCCUGUAAACUUAAACCAUUUCCCAGCACAUAAUUGAGAAGGUUAUUUAUGUUAUAACCAUUGUAGGAUAUUAGGUGUAGAAGAGCAGACAAUUGGUGCAAUAUGAUUUGGAUCUAGUUAACCCACAUUUUUAAUCCUGGAAUUCCUCAGUCAUAAAUUAAAAGUUAAUAUUGAGAAAUGUUGAGAAAAGGCCAAAGUCAAGUUGGCAGACAGAAUUUGGCAACCCAAAAUCUGGGUUUUGCUUUGUCAUUAUGGGGUAUGGACUGCAGAUUGAUGUAAAAAAAAUUUUUUUAAAGCAUUUUAGCAUAAGCCUGCAACAUAACAAAAUGUGAAAAAAUAGGAAGUGACCUGAAUACUUUCUGAAUGCAUAGGUGAAUUAUGGGCCGGGCCAGUGCCCAGGGGCCCUUGAUUACCAGGGCCCGGUAGGGCCCUUUGCUUCAAGGUCUUUUGGACCGUCUUCUUUGAAAACAAAUAUUUCAUAUAAGCUUCAAAAUGCGGGCCCCACAGCUUAUACAAGGCCCUCUCAAUAGGCCCCUGUAACUAUGUUACAGGGGCCUAUAAGUGGGCCCUCAAUCCACUUAUAGAACCCUUUUGCCUUAAUGUUUCUAAUUACAUUUUUUGAGCCAUUCUUUAAUCUUUUGUAUCAUGUUUGAUACAUGACUUUCUAGAGCCUCUACAUCAACAACAUGAUUAAAACA